UCGAGAAAUAAUUCAAGCAUGCAUAUUCAUAUAUAGUAAGAUCGAACAUAUUGUCAUGGCAAAAACCAGCUUCUCAUCUCAUUCAGAAUAUCAAACGCAAUCAUGGCUUGGAGUGUUUGGUCACGGAAGAACCAUGCAUGACAACCUUGGAGGAGGAAAAGUUGCUGACAUACUUCUGUGGAAGAACAAGAAAUUAUCCACUGCAAUCCUGAUUGGGUUGACAUCGAUAUGGUUACUUUUUGAGGUUGUGGAGUACCAGUUCAUUACUUUUCUGUGUCACAUAAUGAUCACCGCAAUGACUCUUAUUUUCGUCUGGUCUAAGGUUGCAGGAGUACUGAUCGAUUGGCGACCACCCAAUAUCCAUGAUUUUAGCCUUUCAGAAUCUACAUGCAGAUUCUACUUCGCAAAAUUUAAUUGGUUCUUGUUCAAAUUCUUUGAGAUUUCAACUGGGAAAGAUUUGAAAGGCUUCUUUGUGGCAAUCGCUUGUCUUUGGAUAUUGUCAGUUAUUGGAGCCUAUUUCAGCUCUUUGAAUCUUCUAUACCUUGUCUUCCUCUGCAUGCAAAUACUACCUGUUUUGUACGAGAAAUAUGAAAGGGAGGUGGAUUAUCUUGCUACCAAAGGCAGACAAGACGUGAAGAGUUUGUACAGGAAGUUUGAUUCCAAGGUUCUUACCAAGAUUCCAAGGGGACCAGUAAAACAGAGGAAAUUACAAUAAGUAUGGAAGUUGUGGGAAUGAAAAUAAGUUGUCUUAAUAUGAGUGUGAAUAAAUCAUAUUUGUGUACAAGUUCAUGUGAUUCAAGGUCAACAGAAAAUCACAGUUGUAUAGUUUUACUAUCUCCUGCAUUUACGACACUCCUGCAUUUAUUGUCGUAAAUAAAUGAUAAACCAAUUAUACUUAGCAACUUCUUUGAUUUGCAAAUUGUUAUGUAGCACACUCUCCAUAUUACUUAUAUUGAAAGAUUUGAUUUAUAAUA